AUGCUCUUGCUCGCUUCCGGCCAGGCCGCAGCAGGCUACCUCGCCUCGCCGGCGCCUCGUGCCGUGCGGGAGCAUCGCGUCGGCGGCGCCUCGUGCUCGCGGCUGCGCUCGCCGGUGGCGAUGCGCUGGGGCGAGCGCCUCGACAAGGAGAGCAUCGGCGACCCGGAGGCGAAGCCGACGGCGCUGCAGAAGGACCACGGCAAGCUCAUCAUCACGCUGGCGACGACGGGCAACAUCAACACAAAGGAGCGGAAUCCGGCGCUCCCGUGCUCGCCGGAGGAGAUGGCGGACGACAUGCACGAGUGCAUCAAGCUGGGCGUGUCG